GGUUGCUUGUUUUGCAAGCUCAGCUAGCUGUCUGCCGUCAGAAAGAUCAACUGUUUGGAGCUACCACGUCGUAGAAGGCUGCAGUAAGUUAAUGCCAUAUGACUAUGAGUGUGACUAACUGAGUUGAGCUAGCUGAGACUGAGCUGAGCUGAGAUCAUGACUGAGCUGGACCCAUCUCGUUGGGCGGGUCGAAACAGGCACCUCUCCUUGCAUCCUGCUGGAAGUGAGCUACAUCGACUCUGCAGGUCAGGUGACCUAUCGGCUGUUAGGAGCUAUCUCAACGAAACUAUCACUGAGACGGUGGUCAAUAGAGCUGCUGGAGUUAACGGAUGCACACCACUCCACGAGGCAGCCAUGUCAGGACGAGCUGAUGUUGUCAGACUAUUAAACGAUGAGUGUGAAUUUUUGGACAUCAAUGUCAGGACACAAAAAGGACCUGCGUUUACUUCCCUCCAUCUUGCUGCCGAGAGGGGACACGUUGACACGGUAAUGGCGUUGGUGGAUUGUGGAGCAUCUCUGAGUGCUGUGGAUCGAAAGUGUCGGACAGCUAAAGACAUUUCCCUGGAGAAUGGCCGCUGGCAAGUGGUAGUCGCAAUAACAGUAGCUGAAGUGGAGAAUGCAACUGUGAAUGGAAACAUAUUGAAAAUGACCGAGGCUCUCACUCAGCUGGAGAAGCAGACACGCCUCUCAGAAGAGCUGUCCGAAUGGAAACAAGAGAAGCUCAACAUUUCGCUCCGAAUCGCCUGCAAACUUGGAAACCAUAGACUCGCUGUACUGUUAAUAAAAGCAGGAGCUGACAAUUUUGAAGAGUGCAUCAAAAACAGUGCACGUAUGAACCACAUCCUAGCCUUCGUUCGUCUCUGUCAAGCUGCUCGAGAAGACGAUCAGACAGCCAUUGACCUCCUCCUCUGUUGGGACGAAGAUGAUGUCUGCUCUCACCCUCGCUACUCCUCGGUCAUGCAGUACAACCAUAUCCUCAUGCCCCUUAUCGAGAAUGGUACUCUGUCAGUAGCUGUACCUAUAAAGGUGGCUCUCAAGUACAAGCACAUACAAGCAGCUGCUAAGCUCCUCUCUAAGACUGCCAAAUCCCCUCAAGCAAAGCUCAUCGAUUGGCACCAUCUUGAACUGGAAAAUAUAGAGCCUGAUUGGCUAACACAACACGACUACUCCACACUCACCUUAAUAUGUCUCUCGUUCAAUUCUUUGAAACAGAUACCGGCAGAGGUGCUCAAGUUUAAUAAUCUGGAAAAGCUGCAAGUAGCAUCGAAUGAACUUACUUUCGUUCCCUCUGAAUUAUUCUGUAUGGACAGGAUCCAGAGCAUUGAUCUGUCUCACAACAAAAUAGCAUCUCUACCAGAACAUCUCAUGGACCGUGUCUCAGAAUCUCUAUGCGUCCUGAAUGUAUCUCACAACAAACUGACAUCUUUCCCCGACUACUUCACACACUCCAAGCUCACACAACUUGACCUCAGUGGCAACCAUUUCCAAGCCGUCCCAAAGUCAAUAUUUGGAAUGCGUUUUCUCGAGUCACUCGAUAUCAGUCACAAUUGCGAGAUCAAGCAUGUUCCGUACGAGCUUGGCGGCCUCAAGCAUUUAAAAGCCCUCUCCCUAGAGAAUGUACACAAUGCUGUCAACAUCCCUGACCCUGACCGACAAAGGGGCUCUGUGCUUAAAUUCCUUCAAGAUCGAUUCAAAUCAAUGCAGACGGUUACGCACUAUGAAGUUCAAGUCAUCGGUUUUCCCAAGCAAUCGAAAGCUUUGGAUGGAAUUAUGAGCAUUUUAGUCACCUCAGAACUCAAUUGUAGCGUUCUGAAGUUCGCUAGUCCCUCUCAGUUUUUAUUCCUCCACGAAGUGUUUCUCAUGCCAAAUGCUCUCUACGUUGUUCCGUGGGACUGUCACAACAAGCAAGACGCAAACGACCUCCACAUUGUAUUGCGUCAUCUCUCCGUUCACUCUCCAAGCUCUCCGAUUAUUGUUGUCGCCUGUUGGAAGUCCAUUCUGUACGCACAUUCUGAGCUGGCCGUGGAGAAUCAAAUAGCCGAAUCUUUAUGGAAGGAUCUCAGUGAUCAUAUCCAUCUUCAUCACGUCUUGCUGGAGGGGGGUGAAAGUGUCGUGGAAACUGGAGGGGAGACAUCAGUUCAGAUGUUCUUGGAUGCCGUCAGUCGGGCUGCCGAGAGAAUAAAGACCACCUCUUUUGUGCCUUGCAGCUACUACAAUUGCGACAAGCUUCUCAAAACCGAAUCCGAGAAAAUGCAAAAAGACAAUCGAUCGCUUUUUGUGAGUGGUUGGGAUUUUUGGGAACUGAUUCGAUCUAUGCCGUCGCAUGACCUGAGCAGUCACUAUGAGCUCCCAGAGCUCAUUAAAUUCCUCAGCUCCAUGGCAACUCUUGUCCAUCUUCCUUGUUCGAAGGACUCCGAAACCUACUAUGUACUCAGUCGCCAGUGGUACUGCCACGUGCUUGGCAAUGUCAUCUCUCAAAAUUCUCUCCUAAUGGCUAGUUCUACCUCUGCUGUGGUGAGACAAGAAGGACUCGUGGAUCUGCUGGGAAGCUCUUCCAUACGACUCCCCAUACCGACAGCACUACAGUAUGUUCUCAACAGAAAUGCCAUUUCCCUGGCCUUGAGCAGCGAAAGGUGGCUCCUCCCCUCCAUGUUGAGUCCACAGCCUGACCUCAUCUUCAACAACUUCUCAUCUGGUGACCUACGUCGACAGUACACCUGUACGCUUGUACCGAUCACACUAAUGGGCCGACUUAUCACACACCUACUCAUCAACAUGGAGAGUCUUACCAAAUACAUCUCGUUUGUCUCCUCGGGCACUGCAUCUUCCCCACCGCCGAGAGCCGUGGAUUGGAGGUAUUGGCAGAACGGUAUCGUGUGUUGGAUGAACGCCUGCAAUUUGGUGUACAGUAUUGAGAGGAUCGAUAUAAAUACUGAGCCGUUUCACCAAGGAAUCGAGAUUCGAGUUGCCAACACAAAACUUGGCCACACCACGAUGCACAUCCUCAGUUUUAUUGUCGACAGCCUGCUCAAGAAUUGGUACCCCACUGUUUGGAGAACUGUUGAAGUGUGGGUGCCCUGCAGUUACUGUAUACACAUUGAGAAACCCAACGUCCCCUCUAUCUCAUUUCAAGAUUGUCUGUACGCACUGUCCAAAGGUGUUGGGGUCAAGUGCAUCCAACACUUAGAGAAGAUUGUCCACAUUGCAAAAAUCGUUCCAGACUUAAUCCAGGAAGACAUUGAUGCGGACUUUUUCAUCCCCCCUAACUCUGUCAGUUUCAACUCUAGUGACAGGGCCACCUGUCUCAGUCCUGCUCCCACGGAGACCAUAUUCAAAGGCCAGUACAACAAUACUCUUGUUGCUGUGAAACCAUACCCCCCACCCGUACCAAACACUACUGGUAAAGAUCCCAAUGUACUCAAAUCUACACCAGUACUCGAGAUGUGGACAGAAUUCGAAGUGUUUCUUCACAUGCAAAGAGCAAAGUGUCCGUUCCUUCUCAGCAUAAUCGGCAUGUGCCCGGAGCCUCUCUGCCUUGUGCUUCCAUUUGCCAAGUGGUCCUCACUCGAAGAAGUCAUCAGUAUCAAAGAGAUCUCUGUGCCUCGAAUUGUACGUCUGCGAAUGGUAUACCAGCUUGCCAAAGCCCUUGAGGCACUACAUUCAUAUCAUGUGAUCCAUCGCAACGUGUCCCUGGGCAAUAUCCUUGUCUACUCACUCUCAACUAAUGAUGAUGUCAACGUGAAACUUGCCGGAUUCUCAGAUGCCUGCUAUGGAGUCUUUCAAGGUAUUGGUGUUGGUUGCUAUGGUACUUUCCCUGCCCCGGAGAUGUUACAAGUGUCAGCUAGCGAGUACGAUGAAAGAGUGGACAUUUUUGCAUUUGGUUUUGUGGCGUAUGAGAUCAUCACCCGAAGUACUGUUCAUGUCCGUUCCAACUCUCCUUUCCAGAAGCAAAGUGAUUCACUCACCUCUUGUGACAGACCGUCGCUGAACCCAGUCAGAAAUAGAGCUCCCUUUCUCUGUGAGCUGCUCGCAAAAUGCUGGAACCCGGACGCCUUUAAACGGCCAUAUGCCAACAAGAUUGUCGAAUUUAUGAUGUCACCUCUUCACACACUGGUUCAAGAUGGAAAUCUCAUCAAUGAAAAUCACGAAUUAUAUGCAGCAACAGCAAAAUUUACUCGAGUCAAGAACUCAUUCCACACCGAUGUGUUUAUUUGCAGUGGCGAACUGACUGGUCAAAGCACAGCUUAUCUGACCCACCUUUCCUUACCUGACCUUGAAGUGAAUCGAACUGUUGAGCUGCCAAGUGAGUUUGUGAUUUGUAUGGGGUGCGUGGGAUCUCAGCUUUGGGUGAGCUUCUCCAGCAAGAAAGUUCGUGUCUACUCAAGUUUGGGCAAGCUGGAGUUCAUUAAUGAGUUUUCGUUAAGUCAUCACGUUGCGGUUGUAGGUGUGAGCCCUACCUCAGUGUACCUAGGCCUUGUGAAUGGAGUGCUGCAAAUCUAUGAUGUUACUGACAAGAAUAUCCCAACUGAGCCGAGACACACAAAAGUUGUGUGCCACGAAGAAGAAUUCAAAAGUAUUGAGCCCCUUGAAGCUUCUGUGAUGUGUGCUACUCGAAAUGCCGUGUAUCGAUUGCAUCCAGAUACUUUAGACCAAGAAGCAAAGAUUGAAAUCACUGCAAAAGCAGAAAUCCGUUCUAUUGUGCUCUCUGAGCCUGGCUAUGAAGACGAGGAGCAACCUGACACACUUUGGAUCACAUUCAGACGUACGGAUCAAGUGCAAGUGCUCAACUCCUGGACUGGAGCGCUCCUCUACACAAUCAGCUGUGCCACAAUUGUCUCCAUAGACCCUAACAAGGUGUGGGUGUAUUCUUUGAGGGUAGUGUUGGACACUAUCUGGAUUGGUUUGAACACUGGACACAUUCUUAUCUUUGGUGCCGUGGCCACCUCCCCUCGUCUCAUCUCUCACCUCCAUGUGCACUGCUCCCACGUUCGUCAGCUCCUCCUACUCCAUCCCUCCUAUAUGGGGAACAUGACCGUCCUCUCGGCCAGUGAAAUGCUCAAUACAUCUCAAAACAAGACGGACACACUCUCAUCAUUACGUCCAACAGUGCCUGAUUCCGUUCUGGUAUUGAGUGUGGGAACUGGAAUAAAAGAAGACUUGCCCAACGUGAAGCAUUCUAUUCUAGACAACUGCAAUAGCUCUGUCAAGCAAAGUGGACUCUAUACUGUUGUGUUGGAGGGCAUGACUGAGUCGAGACUUGAAGCAGUGGAAGAAAUUAGUUGUCGUCAACCUAUAGCCUACAUGAAGAACUGUGAUGAUCAACAUAUUUACGACGUGCCUCCAAUUGAAGACUCUGACGAAGAAGAAAUUAUGUUACGAGCCAACACUUGGUCAGCUGACGUGGCUGAGUCCCCCAUUCAGUCAAAAAUGCGCACACUACCCAGAAUUGACCCUCCUGUUCUCAAUACCAUUCCAGAAUCAAGUAGUGAACAAGCUCCACCUCUACCCCCAAGGCCUGACGACCUGUCGCCAAGUGACACAGCUCAGAGCUCGUCUACUGAACCGAAGAAAAAGCGAAAGUUCUUCAAGUUUAUUAAAAAGAAGAAAGAACCAGUUCCUAUCCCAACUGACAAAGAAAGUGCUCCCCUGACAAGUCACAAAAUUGAUGUUAAUACACAGAACAACAAAGAUGGUAAUUUGCAGCAAGUUGGUGAGAGCCAAGCCACCACCAGUGAUAAUAGUGAAGAUUCUCUCGAUUAUGACUACCCAUUCAAUAACAUUCUGCGUACACAAUCUUUGAGGCAUCAGCCCCAACCUCAAAUGCCAGACUAUCGUCGCAGUACCAUGGCAACUGCCGACCUUCAGCUGGAAGACUCAGCCAGAUGUAAAGACUUUGACCCUUACGUUACCAUGCGAGCUGUGCAGGUAGCUCUAAAACAGCUUAACACUCCCCUGCCAUCGUUCGGGGCUAAACCUACUAGACAGCUGUCAGAUGAAGAUAUUAUGGUUACAGUAGACGACUUCUUGGGAAAGAAAAAACCACCUCCAUUGCCUGCAAAGCCAAGCACUCAGACAAAUGGCAGCUCCAUUGUCGACUCUACAGCUGCUGCCGUGCCCCCUGGAGUCUAUGCAAAACCCAAACCACCUAUUCUGCCCUCCAAACCAAACCAGUCCUCUUCAGUGCUCCCACCCCCCGUUCGACCUAAACCUCCCUCUCUUCGACGCCCUGCUGCAAAUCUCAAGCCCUCCACAGCCCCCAAACCAGUGAUUGUUGCCACUGACGAUAGUAGUAGACGUCAAGGAACAGUGUAUGGCAAGGUGGAACUAACGAGUGGGAGUGGCACUGAAGUGAGGGAUUCAAUUAUCGAUGACGUGGCUUACGUAACUGUUAGAAGACACCAAAAUUGAGUUGAUGAACUGUGUAUUAAAUGACAUUGUAUGAUAAUAAAGAGUGGAAUGUGAACAGUCUACAAUGUGAACAGUCUACAAUGUACAAUGUUAUUGUUUAUCAGUUCUUGUUUGUUUGUGUUUCAAUGUCUCAUGUUGACAACUUUGAGUUUUUUUA